AGAUAAAAUUUUUCUUUGCCGUAAAGUUGUAAGAUAAAAUAAAUUUUUUUUUGCUUCAUUGAUUGUGAUAAAUCUAGAACAAUAAAGAUAUUGUCAUUCAGUUCACAAAGUGCAGUGGUGUGAAUAAGGAAUAACGGCAUACACUAAUGUUAAUGUUUUUCCAGAUUGAAGGAAGGAAACACUAAGAAAUAAGAUUAGAUAGGAUAUCUAGGAAUCGCAAUAAGGAAGACAGACUCAGUAUGAAGAUAAUGAAAUGGAUUUCACUAUGGCUCAUGGUGAGCGAUAUCUGCAUCUCCCUCUUGCAAAUCAAGAAGGGAGCAAUCCUAAAAGAACAUGGUCAUGUGAAGAUGAUACACGACAUAGCGGUUGUAACCAUCAACAUUACAACAGUACACGAACAGCAACAAGAGCUAAAUGGUUUAAUGGAAAACAUUGAAAGUCUCAUGUCUAAUAACCAGAACAAUUCUAUUUUAUUUAAGCUUAGAGAAGAUAUUAGUCAAGUGUUACCCAAGAGGAUUAACAAAAGAUCAUUAUUGCCGUUUAUUGGCACAGCCUUAAACACUUUGUUUGGUGUAGCUACUGAUGGUGAUGUAGAUAAAGAUAGGGCUAGAAUAGAAAAAUUAGAGUUAUGGGCCGCGGAACGAGGUACCAUCAUGACUAAGGUCAUUGAUGCAACUAACAAGAACCAGAAUUUGAUUGUUAAACUAAAGGACUUUGUAAACAAUAUGGCUCAGAAUAUUACUACAAUAUGGCUCAGAAUAUUACUACAGAGAUAAAUGACUUAAACAAGUCACAGUAUGUAACUAAGUUAUUAUUUGAAACAGAAACCUUUUUGUUGAAUCAUAAGGAACUGUUAAAUGCAGUAAUGUUAGCCGCUAAAAACAUUUUAUCACCAUACCUCAUCAGUCCUAGUGAGUUGCACCUUGUAAUUGAAAAAUGUAUG